AUGCAAGUCUGGGUAUAUGGUGUAUAUGUGAAGAAAGGAAGUGAAGGUAAUCAACUACUCAUAUGUCUUUAUGUUGAUGAUUUGAUAGUAACUGGUAGUGAUAUGAAUGAGAUAGAAGCAUUCAAAUCACAAAUGAUAAGGGAGUUUGAAAUGUCAGAUUUAGGAAAAUUGACAUACUUUCCAGGCAUGGAAUUUACUGAAGAUGCAGAGGGAUUGGUGAUGCACCAAAUGAAGUAUGCAUCUGACAUAUUGAAGAGGUUCAAUAUGAUGAACUGCAAUCCAUCAUCAUCACCAGCUGAGACAAAUGUAAAACUGAUGAUGAAUGAAGAUGAAGAACGUGUGAAUCCUACAUUGUUCAAGCAAAUAGUUGGUUCACUGAGGUAUCUAUGCAAUAGUAGGCCUGAUAUUGCAUAUGCAGUUGGCAUAAUCAGUAGAUUCAUGAGUGAACCAAGAUGUGCUAAGAAGCAACCAGUUGUGGCAUUGUCAACCUGUGAAUCUGAGUAUAUUGCAGGGUGUAUGGCAGCAUGUCAGGCAAUAUGGCUUGAAAAUAUACUCAAGGAGAUGGAGAUAGAGCUUGCAGACAUAUUCACUAAGGCAUUGAAGGUUGACAGGUUCAUCAAGCUCAGAAGCUUGAUUAGAAUGAAGGAAGUGGAAACUUGA